UGCCUAUUUAGCGUUCCUUAUUUCAGCAGCCCGACUGUAGGAGGACAUGCCCGACCUAACCCUCAUCUUGCAUUUCCUUCUGCUCUGCCAGUCCGCACCCGCAUCGGCUUCAGCGUUCGCGCGAUCGCCUUGCCAUCCCCUCCUCGGCCCACGCUCGGCCGCGCCUGCGGCCGCAGGCUCCGGCUUCCUGCACCGCAGCAUGGUCGCUGCGGGUGGCCAUCACACCGUGCUGCUACGGAGCGAUGGGGCUGCCGUGGCCUGUGGCGCGAAUGAUUCUGGACAGUGCAACAUCCCUGCGCCGGGUGAAGGUCUCACUUACACGCAGGUCGCCGCCGGCGGCUCUCACACCGUGCUGCUUAGGAGCAACGGGACUGCCGUGGCCUGCGGCUCGGACUUGUUCGACAAUGGGCACUGCGACCUCCCGGCGGUGAGCGGAAGCCUGACCUGCACGCAGGUCGCUGCGGGUGGCGCUCACACCGUGCUGCUGAGGAGCGACGGGUCUGCAGUAGCCUGCGGCUGCAACGACUCAAGGCAGUGCGACGUCCCUGCGCCGAGUGGCGGCUUGUUUUACACGCAGAUCGCCGCGGGUGGCCUUCACACCGUGCUCCUGACAAGCGAUGGGGCUGCCGUGGCCUGUGGCGCGAACAGGUCAGGGCAGUGCGACAUCCCUGCGCCGGGUGAAGGUCUGAACUAUAUGCAGGUCGCUGCCGGCGGCACUCACACCGUGUUGCUGAAGAGCGACGGGACUGCCGCGGCCUGCGGCGCAAACGAGUCAGGCCAGUGCGACCUCCCGGCGCUGACUGGAACCCUGACCUACACGCAGGUCGCUGCUGGUGGCGCUCACACCGUGCUGCUGCGGAGCGACGGGACUGCUGUGGCCUGCGGCUAUAAUGACUCGGGGCAGUGCGACGUCCAUGCGCUGGGAGGGGGCCUGGCUAUCACCCAGGUCACCGCGGGCCCCCUGCACACCGUGUUAUUGAGAAGCGACGGGGCUGCGAUGGCCUGCGGCACGAACUGCCAUGGACAGUGCCGCGUGCCCUCCCUUCGGACCCAGUGGGGAGACUGGCUGCCGUGGCAGCCCGCCCGCCUCCGGUACACGGCGUGCGCCUCGCCGUCGAGCGAGCGGCCGGCGCUGCUCCUGCAGGCCUCUUUCGACGGGGAGGCGGUGCUGUUCCUGACUCUGGGCGGGGAGGAGUUCGACAGAGUCCGGGCGGCGCCCGCCGAUCGCCUGGCGGACGUGCGCACCCGGCUGCGGGCCGGCCGCCUCUCGCGCCUGCCGGGCUCCACGGCUUCUGCGGCCGACGCCGUCCUGCCGGGGGGCGGGCUGCUGAGCCAGGCCCCGGCCGAGCAGACCUGCGCGGACGCGCUCGGGCGCGCCGCCGUCGGCUGACCGCCCGCCCCUCCGGUCGAACGUCUCUCCCCUGCCCUUCCCUUCCUCGCGGCCGGUCUCCGCCUCCCUCCGCUCGUCCCUCCC